AUUAGCGUCAGUUAAUCAACAAGUUUCAUUAAAAAACAUUUAAUUCCUUGUAUUGUGAAAAAAACUGAAAAUGAUCGCAACUCUCUUCGUUGUCUUUGCUUUUGCUUCUUCAGCUCUUGGUGAUUGUCCUGUUCCUCCAAAGGCUCCUGGUGCAGAUAUUGGCAAAAUUGCCGGUCGAUGGUAUGAAAUUGCUGGACCAACUGCUCACCAAAUUUCACCAAAUUUAACAUGCAUUACCGAAGAUUUCAAUCUUCGAAAGGAUGGAAACUUCAACCUUACAGUUCUUUCAACUUUUCAAAAUGGUUCAAAACAUGUUGAAUAUGGGUUAGCUGGACGAACUGAUGCACAAAAUUCACUCAAUCUCUACCCUAUGGGCUACAAGACUCCAUACCUUCUUACCUUUUAUAUAGCCGAUACUGAUUACGAUAACUAUCUGGCUGCUUAUGCUUGUUAUACCGAUGUUGGUCGCUCCACCAUCCAAGGUGGUUUGAUUUUAUCCAGGACUAACACCAUGAGUGCUGACAAGUAUGCUGAACUGAUCCAUUUGUUGGUUAAUAAAAUUGGCGUUUCUAGCGAUUCCGUUGGCCCAAUAGUUCAAAGCGGCUGUAAAUAUUGGCCAGUUCUCCAGUAAUGAUAUUCAAACUUGAAUAAAAUUGAAUUUACACUGUAAUGGUUGAUAACCUUAACCAACAAAAUUCACAUAAUAUUAAUAAAUAUAUAUUUUAGUGCAUAAUC